CACUGAUGAGAAAGGUGGUGGGCUAAGCUAAGCUGGGAACAGGCAUCCGCCCAUUCAUUUCUCAUCUGGUCAUCUCCUGGCUAUGGUGACGACACGUUGGACGCGAGUCGGAUGCCAAAGGGAGAACGUUCGGGUGAAAGAGCAAAAGAGGAAAGAGGAAGGAGGAAGGAGGAACUUGGAGAAGAAGACUACUGCCAGGCCAAUGGUGAUCAUGGUUGUCUCGGAGUGAGAGCUUCUCCCAGAUCUUGGCGCAACAGUUCCAUGGCGUUUAUCGCUGGAUCGAUCUCAAGCAGGCCUUUGGCUGGGCUUGAGUUGGAGACCAAGAACUUGAGCUCUUCCUCCGCAAGGCAAAGAGGAAGACGAUCAUCGCUGGUGGUGGUGGCUGGCAGCAAGGAAGGAAGCUCGGGAAUCUUUGCUCCGCUGGUGGUGGUGGCGCGCAGUGUUUUGGGAGCGAAGCAAUUCAACCAGCUGCGUGGAAAAGGAAUUGCUCUUCACUCCCAGGUGAUUACCGAGUUUUGCAAGUCCGUGGGCGCAGACAACAAGGUCCGGCAAGGCUUGAUAAGAAUUGCGAAGAAGAACGGAGAGAAGCUUGGAUUCUUGGCGUGAAAGCUCCCCAUCGCUCGCUCGCUCGUCAAUCCAAACAGAGGCAAUGUUUUUGUCCACAGAUGAUAGCUAGUUUUUUGUUAUAUCUUGUAUGACUAUAGCAAGGUCAUUGUCA